CAGCCCAUACCUAGCUGCCCUUGUGCAUACAGCCCAGCAUUCCUCUCGAGCCACUUUGUUCGCUCGCCACCGUCGUCAAGCAUCCGGACGUCCCCCGCCCGACUCAUUGCUUGAGCCAGUGCAGAAGGCAUGUCGCGCGCCGCAGAGAAGAAGCCCGUCGGGUUCGCCACCCAGCUGACUGCUGGGGGCAUCGCAGGCGCAAUGGAAGCGCUAUGCUGUCAACCUUUGGAUACCAUCAAGGUCCGCAUGCAGCUCUCCAAGUCCGGCCGCGCCCCCGGUACUAAGCCGCGCGGUUUCAUCGCUACGGGGGCUAUGAUCGUCCGUCGCGAGACGCCGCUCGCGCUGUACAAGGGCUUGGGCGCAGUCCUGUCGGGCAUUGUGCCCAAGAUGGCUAUACGGUUCGCGAGCUUUGAGAAGUACAAGGCGUGGCUCGCGGAUCGGGAGACAGGCAAGACGAGUGUAGGCAACAUCUUCCUCGCCGGCCUUGGAGCUGGAGUGACGGAAGCUGUGCUGGUGGUGACUCCUAUGGAGGUGGUGAAGAUCCGGUUGCAGGCGCAGCAGCACUCGCUCGCGGACCCUCUCGAGGCGCCGCGGUACCGCAACGCAGGGCACGCCGUGUACGCGAUCGUGCGCGAGGAAGGGUUCAGCGCACUCUACAGGGGCGUGACGCUCACGGCGCUGAGGCAGGCGACCAAUCAAGGUGCCAACUUUACCGCGUACCAAGAGCUGAAGAAGUUCGCGCACAACCUGCAGCCGGAGCUCACGGACCUGCCGUCAUACCAGCACAUGGUGAUUGGCCUCAUCUCGGGCGCGAUGGGCCCGUUCUCGAACGCGCCGAUCGAUACUAUUAAGACCCGACUGCAAAAGUCCGAAGCGGUGCCUGGCCAGUCGGCCUUUCAGCGGAUCGCGGCGAUCGCGGGCGAUAUGUGGCGCCAGGAGGGCAUGCGGUCGUUCUACAAGGGCAUCACCCCACGCGUGCUCCGCGUCGCGCCUGGGCAGGCGAUCGUGUUUGCCGUCUAUGAGCGGGUGCGCAAGGUCAUGGAGACGCUGCAGGGGAGCAGUGAGGAUCGGAUACACAGCGAGUGAUCGAUUGUAGGACUAGUUGGGGUAUUCGUACCCUGUCGGUAUUGUUGUUGUUUAACAGGAUCUGUACUAUGUCACACCCGUGUGCUUCAUCUAUGCGCCAAAACGUG